AGCCAGUGCCAGACCCAGCAGCGGGGCUGGGCGGGGAACCCGGAGCUGGGGGCGUUUCCCGCAGCCUGUUUCAGGCGCCCCCUGGCUUGCAAGGGGCGGGAUCCGGUGCUCGCUUUGCAGCCGUGUGAACGAGGCCGGGGCGGCUCCAGGGCGGGGCCGGGAUCACAUGAGCGGAUGCGACGAGGAAAGUAGCGGGGCCUCAGCGAGCCCGGCCGCCCCCCGGCCAUGGGGCAGGGGGAGAGCCGGGCCCCCCCGGUCAUGCUGGUGCAGUGGGCGCCCGCGUCUGCCCCGGCCGCGCUGGACCUGAACCCGCUCCCGGACGAGCUGCUGGCGCUGAUCCUGAGCUGGGUCCCGGGCCGCGCCCUGCUGACCCGCUGCCGGCCGGUGUGUCGCCGCUGGCGGGACCUCAUCGACGGGCCCACGGUCUGGCGGCUGCAGGGCGAGAGGCGGCCGGGCUUGGGGGCCACCCUGGCGGCCGCCCGCCUCUGCCCCCCGCCGCGGUGGAGCCGGAUCUGCCUCCUGGAGCCCUUCGGGCGCAACCUGCUCCGGAACCCCUGCGGGCAGGAUCAGUUCUCUCACUGGCAGGUGGAGCGUGGGGGCCAUGGCUGGCAGGUGGAAGAGAACGGAUGCCCGGUCGAGGGCGCCCCGGCCCAGACCUGCUUCACCACAUCCUUUGAGUGGUGCAUCAAAUCGCAGCUCGUAGAUCUUCUAAAGGAGGGGUUGUGGGAAAAACUGCUGGAUACCUACCAACCGGAAAUCUACAUCUCCGAUUGGUGGGGCACCCAGCGAAAUGGUGGCUGUGAAUACUCCAUCUGUGUCAAGCUCCUGGCUGCCAACAGAAGAACUGUAAUUGCUGAAUUCCAGGCCAACUCUGAUGCCAUACAACAGUGGAACGACGCGCAGUAUCACCAGGUGUCCUACCGGUUCAGGAAGUACGGCCGCGGAGUGCGGUAUGUGCAUUUCCUCCACAAAGGGAAGGACACUCAUUUCAGGCCGGGACACUAUGGCGCACGGAUCACCAACUCCACUGUCAUGGUGAAACUCAGCUGAGAGCCAGGAGCGGGUCUCCAUGAAUCUCUCAUGUGAGCCGGAAUGAUGAUCUUCAUUUGCCUCCGCGAGCUCCUCUCCUGUCCUAGAACAAAUCAGGGGGAUGCGUCUCUUUGAAAUAAUAUGCCCCUUUGCCUGAGGAGCUUUUUCAGUCCGUUCUUUCUGGCCAGGCUCAUCCCACGCAGGACCAAAGAGCACCGUGGCGAAUCUUUAGGUUCCUAGUGCCUGACUUGGGUCAGUGUGAACCUGCCGCUGCAUUGCAGAAGCAACAAGUCUUUAAAGAUGGAAACAACUCGGCUUGUUCCCCUAUUUGGGGACAUUGGGAUUGUGUCAUCAGAGCGUAAAGGGGUUUAAUCAAAACCCAAACUACUAUUUUUUUACCACCAUGAUGAGGAAUUUUCAGAUGGUCUCUGCCACGUUUCCGUUAGGAAGCUGCAGAGAGGUGGAUUGGGAGCUCACUGCGUGUUCUGUUAACGGGAGAGUUUUUUCUGCCAGCUGAUGCCUGUGGUGCUGCCUGUCUGAUGUGAAUCCAGAUUCACAAGCACGUGAGCAAAAUACACCCCUCCCCUGUGCUAAUUAGAUUGCAAUAUUCUGGGGAAGGGGGAUUAGAACCCAGCUCCUGCAAGGUUUGGGUAGUGCAGUGCUCAGGAGAAUACCAUACCGGGCAGCCCUUAGACAAACAUAAAUAGCCACUUGUUGAUUGUCCAGGAGUUUAUGGGGAACAUAAUCUUCAGGUCUGUUCUCACUGCACUUGGAUCCCAACAAAGCCAGUGGUCCUGGUAGACACUCAGACCUUUUGCUGACAUAAACCAAGGGUCGGAUUCUGAAGUGUGUAAAUCUGGAAAGACUCCAGUGGAGUGACUCCAGAUUCACCCAGGUCUACAUGAGACCAGAACCGGGGCCUAGCAGUGCUUUGGUGCAGUUCCCUCCCCAUUUCAGGGGGGGCGAUGUGGGCGUAAGGCAAAGUCCACUCUUGUACUAACGCAUGAUCCCGGGGCAUGGGCAGGGGUUUAUAGGCGGAGCCGCAGAGCCCACUCCCAGCAGGGGUUGAUUCGCAAGACCUUUCUAGGGGACUGGGGUCUAAUUUCUGACACGUGGCUCAGCGACAGCCUUCAGUGCAUCAGCUGGUCCUGCGUGCACUCAUCAGGAUGGGUCUUAGCCCUACUCAUAAAGACAGGCCAGAAGUCGGAUGGUAUCAACCAAUGUCCUGCCAUUGGUGUCUUUGCUCUCUUACACCAGCAGGGGAUACCGUCCCGGUGAUUGGAGGCGUGAUGCUGGGGGAUCUGGUGCUUUGUGUUAUCUGUGUCAAAAAAAGCCCAAAUUCUGCCCCCAUUGAAGUCCAAGGCUCUGAUUCUCCUACUGCUCAAAUGGUUGAGUGAAGAAAGAGGCCUGCUGACUCCAAUGGACUUGGGCCUGAUUUAAACCGGAGAGAACGAGAAGGCACAUUCAAGUUAAUUUAGAUUUGCUUUUUCCCUGGUUAUGGGGGGAGGGAGGAUUAUUAAAGCCCCAGCUUCCUUAGCCAUGGGGUGAUGGGAGAACCUAGCGAGGCCCAAGAAAUCAGUCAUUGGAGAAGCACCGAGGGAUGGACCCACCUCAGGGAUUCCACGCAGGAGGGGAUGGGGCGCAGGCAGGCGGAGACGUCGGCUUGACCUGACCGGCUCGGUUAUCCAGAGGUUGGUGUCACAACAUUAGAGCAGGUCAUGAGAAGGGAGGGAAGGGGAAGGAACAUCUAGUGCUUCUAAGGUCAGGGCGCUGUGUUAGAGCGUGGGGGGAAAUGAGGCAGGACUCCUGGGUUCUCUCCCCAGCUCUGGAAGGGGAGUGGGGUCUAGUGGGAGGGAACACCUGGGUUCCAUCUCUAGCUUUGGGAGCUUUCUACCCCCCUGUGGCAUUCCCACGCAGGGCAGCAGCUGGACUGCAGACACCUUGGGGCAUGGCCCAGCUCCAGGCUUGUGCUCUGCAAAUUGCUGAGCACCAGU